AUGAGGUCGUACAUUCACAACGCCAAAACAGUGAUUGCGGUCGUUGGUCUGGCCCACGGUUUCUGUGUAGCUGCGGUGCCGAACGAUAGCAUGGUAUACAGCUUCUCGGAAUUGACUGCCAGUCCGGUGCUUGCCUGGACAUCCUGUUACGAGAACUUCACUUGCGCUCUUCUGGAAGUUCCACUCGACUACGCGGUACCAUCCCUCGGUACCCUCAACGUAGCUAUCAUCAAGAAGCCAGGCCCAACCCAUGAUGCACAAGAAGUCCUUGUCAACCCCGGAGGGCCUGGUGGCUCUUCCGUAGCUAUGGUGCUUUCAGAUCACGCCGCUAUCGAGGGUAAAAUCGGAACCAAUUACUCCCUCGUGGGAAUCGAUCCUCGUGGUGUCAACCACAGCGAGCCCGCUAGCGACUGCUUCGUAGGGUACCCCUUCCAAACCCGUAAUGCCUUCCUCUCAGAUGCAUUAGGUCUCGCGGACGUGACAUCGGAGGCAGUCUUGAAGCGACAGCAUCAGUCAGCGCUGGCAUAUGGAAAGUGGUGUACAGGGAUGUAUUCCGUCAAUGGUACUGCAAGAUAUGCCACCACGGUGGCCACAGCUCAAGAUAUGCUUCGCUACAUCGAGCUUCGAGCACAAGAUCGUGGGCAGCCCUCACAAGAUGCAAAACUGUGGUACUAUGGCAUUAGCUAUGGAUCUAUUCUUGGUGCCACUUAUGCCAGUCUCUAUCCUGACCGUAUUGGUCGUAUGAUCAUCGAUGGCGUGCUCGAUCUGGAAGACUACUAUGAUGGCGGUUGGGAAGCAGCCAUCGAUGACACCGACAAAGCAGUCAGCUACUUCUUCAAGUACUGCUUCGAAGCUGGUCCAGCUUUGUGCUUGUUUCACCAGAACGCUACCUCCUGGCAGGAACUCGAAAAACGCUACCAGAGCCUCCUGAGCAAUCUCAUGUCGUCACCCAUUGGUCUAGGCGACCCAACCUCGAACACUUCGAUCCUCUUUGCACAAACACAGGGUGUGCUCCUCUCACCCUACGUGCUCACCUGGACUGAUAUUGUCAGCCAGAUGUUCGCAUCCGUGUACCUGAUCAGUCCGAUCUAUGUUUACGUUAUGGACCUCGUCCUCGUUGCGCUGCAAACGCAGGACGUGGAGUCGCUCGCUGCCAUAACAGAGAAAAGUCAGAUCAGUACCUUUCGCCCUCAAUACGACGACCGCAUGGCACGGACACUUGUCUCUUGCGUCGAUACGGACGGUCGGUCUGACAAAUACACCGAUUUUGGAGAAUACAAGAAGUUUGUCAACUACAUGUAUAACCGAAGCAACUCUGGUGGAUUCAGUGUGACUGCUAUCAAUGGGCCGAUUUGUAGCAAGCUGGACGUGCGGCCGCCUGUCAGUCAAAAGUUUGACGGAAUACCACGAGUGAACGGUACAAGCGCGCCGAUACUAUUCGUGAGCUCUAUCGCCGAUCCCAUUACACCUCUUUCAUCGGCGAAGAAGAUGCAUGGCCUAUUCCCUGGCUCCGGGCUUCUCACUUUUAACAACAGCGGUCAUACAGCGCACUUUCAGAAUGUGACAUGCGUUUCUGAGUACGAGAUGCAGUAUAUGCUCGACGCGAGUCUACCCCCUCCAAACACAGUGUGCGAAGUCAACGAACCAAACCCUUGGAAACAGCUAGGGGAUAUACUUAAUGCCACGCAAUCGUCGCUGGGGUUGAAUGGCAUGUGA